AUGCAUGCUAUAACUGGUAUCGACGAACUUGUUUAUAAUGAUGUUCUAUUGUGCCAAUUUGAAAUACCAUUUGAAAGCGAUAAUGAUGACCAUAAUGGUGACGAGAACGACAGUGAUACAGUGUCAGUAUUGUCAAUUGAAGCGAUGUCAUCAAGUGAAGCUUUUGAUGAUUUCUGGGACUUUUAUUACAUGUUUAAUGAAGAUCAUACACCAGAAAUGGAUAGUAUAUCCGUCAAUCAGGAAGAAGGAAGUGACGAAGAGCCAGAAAUCGAUGAAGAAAUGGAAGGUGCAGAAGAGGGCAAUCUGAAUGCCAAUAAUGAUGAUGAUGCUGAAAGUGUUGCUUUACACUUCGAAACUCAUAUCAUCAUAGUUGAAACACCACCAUGUUCCGAUGCUGACGAUGAUGAUGAUAAUACUGUUGAAGUUAUACUGGUACCAGACCCAAUUAUCGUCGAGAGCCCAUGCACAUCAGAUGAGGAAUAG